AAAAUCCUAAAAAAUAGCCAAAAUCAAGAAAGUAGAAUUUUGAUAGACCCCAAUAAUUUUUAGAGUGUAAAAACUAGUUUGGAAAGUCACGUUACACUCUUUUAUGUACAUUUCAAUUGUGACUAUUUAAAUUCUAAAGGACAGUGGAGAGGGAUAAAUGGUCGCUCUAGCUACCAUAGUACUUCAUAGAGCAGUAGAGAAUAUUAUGAUUACAAUUAAUAAAAAAGGCUGCUAUAUAUUCCUUUCUUGAAAAUAUAUAUGUGCUGAUAUUCGACAUUGGUCCUUGAAAGAAAACACUUCAACUUCCGAAAUAGAAGUGAUCCAGGCUGCUAUAUAUUCCUUUCUUGAAAAUAUAUAUGGGAUAAUAUUCGUCAUUGGUCCUUCAAAGAAAACACUUCAACUUCCGAAAUAGAAGUGAUCCAUGCCUUCUUCCGAAAUAAAGUCAGGCCAUUCCUUCAACUUCUUCUGCUCACUGGAUUCUCUCCCUUCCAUCGACAACUCUCUGAAAGAAAAAAAACCUUCUUAAUUAUAUCUGCUUUCCCCUCUAUCAUCGAUCAGUCAUGGACACUGAAAUUUCAAGAUCUACAAGACGUGUUCCACCAGCUCACUAUUUGUUGAAAGUUCAGUCGUACAGCUUGCUAUCAAACUCAUCAAAUGGAAAAUACGAUAGUUCACCUUUUGAGGCUGGGGGCUACAAAUGGAGAUUGUCAUUUUAUCCAAAUGGAGACAAAAGGUUCAAUACUAACAACGACCACAUAUCUCUCUACUUGACAAUAUGUGAGACGGGUUUUCUUUCUAGUGAAGUAAAUGUCAUCUUCAUAUUGUUUGUGUAUAAUCAUAUGCACGGUAAUUACUUAACCGUCCAAGCUAUGAGGCGUUUCCAUGAGAUGAAGAAGGAAUGGGGUUUUGAACAACUAGAGUCACUCAAAAAUUUCAAAGAUUUAUCCAAAGGAUAUCUUUUUAACGACUCUUGUGUAUUUGGGGCUGAGGUUUUCGUCAUAAAUCAGACUACUCCCAACUCCGAAUCUCUUUCUGUAUUUAAAGAUGAAGAAAUAAGUAAUCCUACUUACCGUUGGGAGAUUAAGGAGUUGUCCAAGAUGGACAAAUCUUAUUACUAUUCUCAAGAGUUUAGUUCUGGAGGAGCAAAGUGGUAUUUAUGGAUAUAUCCGGAAGGUAGCGGAAAUAGAAACGGAAAAUCAUUUUCAAUGUAUUUAAUGUUAGCAGAUGGUAGCGCUCUAAGCAACUCGAUUUAUGCUGAAUGCUGUCUACGAGUAAUUGACCAAGUCAAUUCUAAACACAGAGAGCGUUCAGUCGAUUAUUGGUUUAGUCGUGGUGGAAGUGGUAGGGGUUACGGCAACUUUAUGUUAAUAGAAGAUCUUUAUAAAUCUUCGAAUGGUUACGUUGUGAAGGAUACUUUAAUUCUGGAAGUUGAGUUCUUGGUCAUCUCACAAACUGAAACUUCUGCCAAACCCCUGGAGUUCAAGACAGCCAAGACAAAAUAGUUUUUAAUCUUCUGUUUAUUUUCUAGUAUUUAAUAUUUAUUUUUUUUAAAAAAAGAAUAUUUUCCAUUUAGUAGAGUUUGCCUUUGCAUGUUAUGACAUCUUAAUUAAUUAUAAUUAUAAUUUUAUGUUAGAUUUUUGUAGCUUGUUAUUCCAACUACAAUCUCAAGUACUUCUAAAACUCUACUAAAUGUCAUAAACAUUUUCCAUUUAGAAGAGUUUGCCGUUGCAUGUUAUGACAUCUUAAUUAAUUAUAAUUACAAUUUUAUGAAACCAUUGUUAUUCCACUUUCU